CUUGUAAUUUAACAGCAACCUUUUCCAAUUCACACUCGAUCGACAACACCCCUAAACAUUAACAUAUCCUUGGAAUCUUUUUUCUCUCUUCAAUUAACUAUUUUUUAAUGUCAUCGUCCGCAGCAAGCAUCCUCCAGAGACAAUACAAAGAGCUCACCAGAAAUCCUGUUCCUGGGUUCGUCGUUGAUCUCAAAAAUGACAGUAUUUUCGAAUGGGAUGUCGCAAUCAUUGGAUCCCCCAAGACCAUUUAUGAAGGUGGCUAUUUUAAGGCUACCAUGUCUUUUCCGGACGACUAUCCGUUCAAUCCGCCAACAUUCCGAUUCGACCGCGAAUUUUAUCAUCCCAAUGUGUAUCCGGACGGCCGCCUUUGCAUUUCCAUUUUACAUCCUCCUGGAGAUGAUCCAGUGAGUGGCGAGAAAGCAGAGGAACGAUGGAACCCCACACAGUCAGUAGAAAGUGUUCUCAUCUCCAUUAUUUCAUUAUUGGCCGACCCGAAUUGCUCGAGUCCAGCCAAUGUAGAUGCAGGAGUAGCAUACCGAAAGGACCGUGAAUUAUUUGACAGCAUAGUAAAAGGCCAAGUAGAAGCAUCGAAAAAAGAUAUCCCUCCAGGUUUUCAGAUGCCAAAGUCCGAGAAGGACUUUAUGCUGGCUGCUCCAGCGGAAAUAGAAGACGAUGAUAACUUCUGGUAUGAAUCGGCUGAGGAAAGCGAUUUUAUCGACGACGAUGAUGACGUUAUGGAUGACGAUGACGAUGAUGUUCGUAAAUAAGAGAGAAAGUAGAACACCGGUAGUUCCUCUUUGAUUUUCUUCCUUACAUUCUCCCCGAACGGCUUUUCGCUAGGUGCUGUUCAUUGAAUCCCCACAUCUUCUCCCUUCUUUGUCUCUUUUUUUCCACACACAGAAAUCAUUAGAUCAAAAACGAAUGGUUUGAAGUGCAACGAGAAAGAAACAAGAAAAUAUACAAUUUGCAUCCUCAACACAUCAUUUCAUCUUUAAUAAUUAUGUUCUUAACGAGUGUUGCCUUUUCUGUAAAAGGGUGUAAACCGUGGGUGGCGAGGAUGUAUGUUUUAGUACUUGCAAUAUAACCUUGUAUAAAUCAUUCUCUCAGCUUGGCUCCAAUUAUCAAACAAAUGCA